UUACAAAAAUACGGCUAUCUUCCAUCUUCUGACUCCAGAAUGUCCGUGUUGCGCACUGCGGAGACAAUGAAAUCUGCUAUAGCUGCCAUGCAGCAGUUCUAUGGCAUUAACAUGACAGGAAAAGUGGACAGGAACACAAUCGACUGGAUGAAGAAGCCUCGUUGUGGAGUUCCUGAUCAGAUGAGAGGCAACUCCAGAUUUAACAUUCGUCGAAAGCGAUAUGCAUUAACAGGGCAGAAGUGGCAACACAAAUAUAUCACUUACAGCAUAAAGAAUGUCACUCCAAAAGUAGGAGAUGCUGAAACCCGUAAAGCUAUUCGCCGUGCCUUCGAUGUGUGGCAGAAUGUAACCCCUCUGACAUUUGAGGAAGUUCCUUAUGUAGAACUGGAGAAUGGCAAGAAAGACGUGGAUAUUACUAUAAUUUUUGCAUCAGGUUUUCAUGGAGACAGUUCUCCAUUCGAUGGGGAAGGAGGAUUUUUGGCUCAUGCUUAUUUUCCUGGGCCAGGAAUUGGAGGUGAUACUCAUUUUGACUCAGAUGAGCCAUGGACUUUGGGAAAUCCCAAUCAUGACGGAAAUGAUUUGUUUCUAGUAGCAGUUCACGAACUGGGACAUGCCCUUGGAUUAGAACAUUCAAACGAUCCGACUGCCAUUAUGGCUCCAUUUUACCAAUACAUGGAAACUGACAAUUUCAAACUGCCUAAUGAUGAUUUGCAGGGAAUCCAAAAGAUAUACGGUCCACCUGACAGAAUCCCACCACCAACAAGACCCUUGCCGACAGUACCUCCACAUCGUUCUGUCCCUCCAGCUGAUCCUAGGAAGAAUGAUAGGGCUAAAGCUCCUCGCCCACCCACAGGGGAUAAGCCCUCCUACCCUGGUGUCAAACCCAAUAUCUGUGAUGGAAAUUUCAAUACUCUAGCCAUUCUCCGCCAUGAAAUGUUUGUUUUCAAGGAUCAGUGGUUUUGGCGAGUCAGAAAUAACAGGGUGAUGGAUGGAUACCCCAUGCAGAUUACCUACUUCUGGAGGGGACUGCCUCCAAGCAUUGAUGCAGUUUGAAACAGUGAUGGGAACUUUGUUUUCUUUAAAGGUAACAAGUUCUGGAUCUUCAAAGAUACCACCCUCCAACCAGGGUAUCCUCAUGAUUUGAUAUCAUUAGGAAGUGGGAUUCCUCCCCAUGGUAUUGAUUCAGCAAUUUGGUGGGAGGAUGUUGGGAAAACCUACUUCUUCAAAGGAGACAGGUAUUGGAGAUACAGUGAAGAUAUAAGAACUAUGGACACAGGUUAUCCCAAAUCAAUCACAAUCUGGAAAGGUAUCCCAGAAUCACCUCAGGGAGCCUUUGUUCAUAAAGAAAAUGGCUUUACAUAUUUCUACAAAGGCAAAGAAUACUGGAAAUUCAACAAUCAAAUGCUCCGGGUGGAACCGGGAUAUCCUAGAUCUAUCCUCAAGGAUUUUAUGGGCUGUGAUGGACCAGCAGACCGGGACAAAGACCGACACAGCCCUCAAGAUGAUGUAGACAUUGUCAUCAAACUGGACAACACAGCCAGCACUGUGAAAGCUAUAGCCAUUGUCAUUCCUUGCAUACUGGCCCUGUGCCUCCUUGUAUUGGUUUACACUGUGUUCCAGUUCAAGAGGAAAGGAACACCCCGCCACAUACUUUACUGCAAACGCUCUAUGCAAGAGUGGGUGUGAUGUAGGGAUAUUUUUUCUUCUUCUUUUCUCCCAG